CACGCUCCACAUCAUUUCCUGUCCAUGCGAUCAUGGAAUACGAAAAGUGCUAUGUCUUCGAGCCAGAAGAAGACAACAGACCUGCCAAGAGAAGGCGUACAGAACCUCAAGGCCUGCAAGCAUCCUGGAAUCUGAGAAAGAAAGCGUAUCACCAGGCAUGGGGCGCCCAACAGCAGCGCAUCAACGAGAGACUCGAUACCAUCAACGCAUCAACAGUCAACGAGAUCGCGAAGUUCCUGGGCGAGUCUUCUGCAGCGGGGAGUAGUACGCGCAUUCCCACAGGUCUUAUCCUCGCCGGCCCAAAUUCUGCUCUGCGCAACUCUAUCGCCUCUCAGCUUUCCAGCCUGAGCACAAAUUCAGCGGCCAAAAGGUGCUUCGUAUCACUGUCAUCAGGAUCUGGCUCAAACUUGAAAGCGCUACUCAAGAUAAUCAACCAGAAGGCCACCUCAACUACAUCUACUGAUGAUGAUGCCGACGAACUGGAAGAGACAACCACAUCUCGCAAAGGUCCCAAGCGACUGAACUACGACUUGCAGAUACUGUACGACUACGUGCAGGAACGAAAACUCCAGCAAGUUGUAAUUGCCUUUGAAGACACGGAAGCCUUUGAUCGCGACCUGCUGUCUGAACUCAUUGAAAUUCUGGCAUGCUGGCAGGAUCGCAUUCCUUUUGCGUUUCUGCUAAACGUGGCAACAUCAGUGGAGUUCCUGCAGCAAAGGCUAUCGUCUGCCGCCAUCAGAUCUCUCGAUGGCAAGCUGUUCGAUGCAGCAGUGUCGACAGACGAAGUCGAGCAGGUUUUCGAGGUGCUCACAAGCCCAGAAUCGGAGCUCUGGCUGGGUCCAAAUUUGGCGUCAAUGAUCCUGGAACGACAAAGCGACUAUAUCCAAGGCAUAGAUAGUCUGGUACAGGCUACGCGGUAUGCUUACAUGUCACACCACUAUGCCAAUGCGACGAGCCUGCUGCUGGACCCGAACAUUACGUUCAGAGACGUUCCGAAAGAUCAUUUUGAGGCUUUGCGCAAUUUGCCAACUUUGCGUGACUAUGCGAGACAAUUGCUCGAUGAUGGAGAGACGGAGCAAGUGCGAGAGCUUCUCGACUCAGAUCAAGCGCUUUUCGAUUUUGCGAAAAAGAGCGUUGCAGCUGGGCGACAAUCGCUUGCAGGCACGAUGGCAGCAACGGAAGCAAUCAGAAAGAUUCAAGCAUGCCUGCCGUCCACUCAAGUCUCCUCGAAGCCAAGCCUCUACAUCCAAGCCAUGUCUGGCAAGCUCACCGACUCGACCCUGAUCAGAUCACUCCUCUUAAUCCUCCGCAAAUCGCCUUCCGACGUAGCCCUCCAAGUCAUCGAACAAUUCCACUCCAUCAGCCUAUCUCCCAGAGCCGAAACAGAACUCCACACAAUCGAAAAGGAACUCAAAUCCCUCACAAAAGACCACCAAACCUCCACCAAACCCCUCCGCAGCGAAGACGACAUCAAAAAUUCCACCCUCCGAACCACAGUCGUCGCCCAAAAAGUCGAACUCAGCAAACAAAAAUCCACCCUCUCCAAACAAGACGCAGCCUACACAGCCCUCGUCCGCCGCCUCUCAACUCUCCUCGAAACCUACUUCUCCCAACACCUCAUCGGCGUAAAAGAACUCCCUCUCAAUGAAAUCUUCGUCUACGAUUCCCGAACACCUUACAGAGAAGUUUUUAUGCCUCGACCCCGUCACGCUGUGGAACGUGCUCUUGCUGCUCCGCAUGAUUAUCUGGAUUGUGAGUGUUGUGAUCCGGGCACGAAUGAGGAGGCGACGUUGUCGGGUACGCAGCCUGCUACGGCGAUUUUGUAUCAGCUUUAUUUGGAGUCGGGGAGUUUGAUUAAUGUGCAUGAUUUGUGGAAGGCUUUCCAGGCGGUUAUUGGGGAUGAUGAGGAUGGAGAGGGAAGUGAGGAGAAGACUAUGGCGUUGUUUCAGCGUUCGUUGGCGGAUUUGAGGUAUUUGGGUUUUGUGAAGAGUACGAGGAAGAGGGUGGAUCAUGUUGCGAAGGUGGCGUGGAGGGGGUUGUAG